AUGUCCAUCAAGGAACAGACCCAGCUGGUAAUCUCAGUGAGGAAUCAGCCCACCAGAUAUGCUACCAUGUACAAUGAUGAGGUGACAGGGAAGGUCUGUUCAGCCACCUGCACUGUGUUCUCCCACACUUGCAAGGGGAUUUUCCUCAUAGCCAAGAUGGUCUGUUUGCUGAUCGUCAUCUGUUAUUCUGCCUCCUGAGUUAUGGGUUACCUUACGUUACCAGUGUUGCAGAUGGUCUUCACUGGGGUCUUUUUUGCCAUCUUUAUGUUGAACAUGCAUCACCAGAUACAGUUCAUUAACUGGCCCUGGACUGACUUCUGAGCUCUCAUCAAAUCUGUCCUCUUCAUCACUUCACUCAUCACCAUUAUCAAAUAUGCGGAUGAUGCCAGUAUGGUUGGAGGGGUAUUGGGGCUGGUGGCAGCCAUCCUGUUUGCCUAUGAUGCCUAGAGUACCUUCCAAAGCCAGUGGAGCCACCACACCCCAGC